UUAUCUUAUCGGUUUUCCUGGAUCAUAGAAAAGAUAUUGGAUAUUGUAGAGUGUAGACUGUAGUCUGUAGUUAUUGAAAACCAGUUUUCCUACUACAAAGUACAAAAUAAUAAUUAAUAUAAAUAAUAAUUACGUUUCGAUUUAUUAUUCAAUCAUCGACUAUGGCUUCGUUAAGGUUACGUAACCACAAGUCUACUUACAUAAUCCAAUGCCACCAACGACUGAAUUCAAUUUAAUCGAAAAAUUAGUUGAUAAGUUUUGUUAGCAGGACACUGCUUUUAAGUCAGUAAAAUUAUAGCCAGUCAUUAUAUUAAUCAGAAGUGCUUCUAAGAUGUCCAGAGAGCUUUUAAUAAUCUUUGUGUACGACCCAAGAUUCUGUACUAAUGAAUCAGACGAUCCAAAUAAUUCUAUUCUAUACUUUCAUCCCCCGUGGGUGAGCCCGUCUCAGAAACAUGCUCUAAGCGGCCAAUUGAUGGGCUUUGCUAAAUUUACUUCUUUAGCUUUUGCGGCACCGUCAGUGUUGUCUUUAAAAUCAGGAAAAUUUGCAUUUCAACAGUUUGGAUCAUUAACCUUGUGUGUGGGUACUGACCGAAAUAUUCCGGAUAGCGUACUUCAGAAACGGGCGAGCACACUAUAUGACAUACUGUGUACAUACCAUUAUGAUAUUACUGAAAUAACCGAUCAGAAAAUUCUCAAAGAUCAUUUGAAUUCUACUAUAUCUUCCUAUCUUUCCCUAUUGUUGGUAGCGUCUAACAUUUUUAGUGCAACGUCUGUACUUAAAAUCCCAAAAAGUGGAGGAAAUAUAAUGUUGGAAGCCAUGCAAGUGUUAGAGAGCAUGCAAGAAAAAUCAAAUGUUUUAGGCGGCAUGAUACUUUAUCAUAAUAAGAUUGUCAUAACACAAUUAGGCUUUGAACUAACAAAACUAAUCCAAUUGACUGAUCCAUUUCGCAACAAGAUACCAGCCAAAAAUGUUGAUGGGAGUUUUCGUUUACCCAUGGGCACACAAUUGUUGUACAUGUACGUGGACAAAACACAAGUUGCGCAAAUUAGAAAAUCGGCUAGUGCCUUAAAACAAUCGAUAAAAAAAAUAUCUAGAUGGCGCCAAAAGAAUAAAAUAUCCGAUAAAUCUCAAGAGUGUACAAAACUGACUGACAAAAAUCAAGACAAUAAAAACAUAUUUACAGUCGAAGAAGAGGACACGCCCGAUAGUAAUAGUGGAUCAUUUAGUAGCAUACCAGAUAUUGUCAAAGAUUCCAUUAGGCACGCUGAAAGUAAAAAGUGUAAAACUCUAAGUGUGGAUACCGUUUAUGAAAAAUUUCAAGACGACAUACCGGCUUUAACAAAGCUUGUCACAUUACGAAAAGACCUGACAAGAUAUCUAAGUCUCAGAACACUCUCUAAAAUGACAAACGAAGACGAUCGUAUUGCAACCAACAAAUACAACACGUUGUGCGAUCCUUUAUUUCCAUUAUUACGAGACGAUAAUUUUGUUGUUUCCAAGGCUAUGUACGAUAAACAACUUACUCAACAUUACACUGAUCUUGAAGCACAAUCUGAAACGGAUAACAUUCCAAAAUCGACAAAAGCGAUGCGACCGACUUCGAUUUCAUUAAAUUUACAAAUCCUUGAUGGAAAGAUCGCGCCAAAUGAUGAUAUAAUGACACCUUUAAUGGCCAAAUUGAGUAUGGCUGAUUUGUACCCAUACACUACACCGACGGAGAAUAUAACUACGCCGUCGGCAAGCUUCCAGCAUAUGGCUAAUAGUGUUUCUAGUCAACAAAAGAUGUUAUUGUUUGUUGCUGGAUUUCAGAACACGUCUUUAAUGGUUUUAUUGGAGAAAGAGGCUGAGAAUGAUCCCGAUCUCAUUCACUUAUUAUGGAAUCUGAGUAUCAGUAGUGUUGGAGAUUUAGAAUGUUCACUAAAUAACACCACUACAAAUGUUCCGGACGCGUACAGCUUACAAUGUCCGGAUGAAACGUAUGGAUAUAUGGUUAUGGAUACAACAGACGCUGGAUUAGUUGAAAAACACGGCAACUGGUUUCCUACUCAAACACAUUUGGCCACAACCAUUCACGAUAACUUCCAAAAAAAUCCAUCCGUUUUAGAUAUUAUCAUCAGAGAUGAUGACAAUGUUGUGUACGGCAAUAAAUGUGGCAGUCGUGAGCUGUUCUAUCAACAAAGCGGUAGCACCGUGUGUGGUUUACCCACACCGUCUGACAUAAUGGGUGUUAUUUCGACCACGGCCAAAAGAAAAUUACAAAGAGACCAUGGUAUAAUUAUCCUAUAAAUAUAAAAAAAUUUCAUUCCUUAUUGUGCCAUAUUUAUGUAACUUUAUUUAUUUAAUUAUUUGUCAACAUUAUAUUGAAUUAUUAAUGCAAUAUUAAUGGAUACAAUUUAUGAUGUUCCAUCGUGUGUUUUUUACGAGAUUAAUUAUUAAAAUAAUUUUAAUGUGACUUGUACACCAAAUUAAUCAAAUGUAUUU